CGGGGUAAGCCACUUACACAGUCUGAUUUCAACUGGAUCCGUAGUUUCUCGCUAACUUGAACACAUGCUGGACCUUCCAUGCUGGCUGUCAUAAACAAGGUUUGUCCGCUUUGAUUGUCCCCAAUGAGACUCUAUUCCAGUAUCUCUAGUUUGGCGUACUCCUGUUGACAUGCAGACAGGAUGCAUGGUCCAAAUCGGCGGUAAAUCUUGCCGAGUAUGGAAUCCGGGAUUAUGGAAGUGGACCUGUCCGGCACACCCGAUUCUGCAAAAGUUCUUUCUUAUAACUUUACGGGAGGGAUGUGCGCCAAGCCACCCAUCAUGUCGCGAACUGAGCACCCUCCGAUUCUGAGCAAAGCUUACAGCUACAGCGCGGUUGCGCAAAUCCUCCUCGCCGGGACCCGUAUCCCUUACGACCGCGAGCAGACAUCGCUUGGCGACCAAGGACUCCACCACCCCAAGUUCAUCGACCAAGGGAUGCGCAUGGAAGUGUCCAUGCUCGGUCGUGAGUUUACCGACUUCGUCAAGAUGGGCAAGAACCUCGAGGGCCAACUCUACUUCAACGCAUUCGACAGCUUGGAGCAGCGGGAUGAGGUGUCGUACUACAUCGAACGCUACAUCGCCCCGCUCGAACGCUCUGCGCAUGUGUGGAUCCGGUUCUUCACCGAAGAUAUCGACCAGUGCCAUGCAGAGUUCUUUGGCCCCGAUCCGGACAACACCGCCGAGUCGACCGGAAUGGACAGGAUCACUCGCAGCGGCACCUGGGACCGCCUCGACGUCGGCAGUGUUCCGGGCGAAGUGCGCAAACUAGCGGACGUGCACUCCUUGAGAUUCACGCUCCGGACGCUGAAUGUGCGCGCAAUUAUCCCCGUGCCCGAUGACAAUCCCCUCGCGCAUCAAUCCGUCAAUUACGCAGGCGGAACGUUCUACUUCACUGACCUCAAGGCUGUCUUCAGCGGCGCUUACGCUGCGUACGACGAUCGGCGCAUUGUGUUCUACAAAGACCGGGGCUCGUCCCACAUCGUUGGAUAUUUUAUCCCCUAUGAAAUGCCUGGAAACGAUCUCGCGUCGCUGAGAACCCUGCACUUCCAGCAGAUCUCAUGGGAAAACAUCCAGUAAAUCGAAUAGCAGCGGGUCGAGUAGUUUGGCGUAACGAGUAAUGCAUUCAAUGAAGUUUGAUCGUAAUGAAUUCAAUGAGUUUUGGCAGAC